CAAUGCUGUCCGGUAUAGCCAAAUCAUCACGAGCAAGUUGCGAGUUUCGUGAGUUUGUAGCAGACAAGACAUGGAUAUACAAGGAAUGUGGGACUUAUUUUUUGAUCACCCAUCAGAUGAUGAUGAUAAUUUUCCGCAUCAACGAGAAUUUCACUUCAAGGUUCCAGAUUUUUUUGAAAAUAUUGUAUCGGCAUAUUCUUUAACAGAUUUCAAAUCACAUUUUCGACUAGAAAAAGCUACAUAUGAAAGAUUGGUACAAAGUCUUGGAGGACGUCUUCGCCGUGACCGGGGUGCUGAGAAAAUGUCUCCCGAUAAACAAAUAGCUAUUACCUUAUGGAUCCUUGGAAACCAAGAAGUUUACAGGUUAGUAUGUUUUUUACAUGUUAAUAUGUUAAUAUGUUUUAAAUUAAAAACUUAUCUAAGUGCAUUCUAACCGCAAAGGUUACCAUUCAUUAGUAUUACAAGGAAUUUGCGAUUAUAAGUUAAGAUUUAUAGAUGUUUUUACGGGAAUAUGCGGUAGUGUACAUGACGCAAGAGUUUGGCGUUUAAGCGAUAUUAAGGAAUUGAUAACACAAGAU